ACAUUCGUCGGAGCUGAGGAAUUAUUUGUGCUGAUUGGUCGGUGAAAACAAGGCCCGAAAACGAUUCCGGUAAUAAUGGCCGAGCACCACGAGCUCGUCGAGGAGAUGACGACCUUGGAGCGGAUGUCCACCCAAGAGCGGCUGAAGCACGCCAAGAAGAGACGGAUACAGCAACUGAAAAAGUGGACGCAGCGAGAGAAGGAACUCAAGCGCAAAGAACAACGACAGGAGAAAACCGGGACGACCAAGAUUAAUGGCGGAGGGAAGCUCGUUGAGUACAAGGUACACUUUGUACCGAGUGUCAUGCUACUCGAAGCGGCAGCGAGGAAUGACGUCGAAGAAGUACGGCGUCUUUUAAUGAUGGGCGUGUCUCCGGAUUCGACGAACGAGGACGGUCUCACUGCAUUGCACCAGUGUUGCAUAGACGACAGCGAGGAGAUGAUGAAGCUCUUACUGGAGUUCGGGGCGAACGUUAACGCGAAGGACUCCGAGCAGUGGACUCCUCUGCACGCAGCUGCCACUUGUGGGCACAUACACCUAGUCAAGUAUCUUAUUCUCAAAGGAGCGGACCUUCUUGCCGUUAAUGCAGAUGGAAACAUGCCGUACGACAUCUGUGAAGACGAACAGACCCUGGAUCACAUAGAGACGGAAAUGGCGAAGAGAGGAAUCACUCAGAACACAAUCGAUACGACGCGAGCAGCUGCUGAAAUGCAAAUGUUGAAAGAUUUGAAAGAACAUAAAGCACGAGGCGGUGAUCUAGAAUGGAAGGACGAGCAACUCGCUACACCGCUCCAUAUUGCCGCAGCGAACGGGUACAUAUCAGUGGUGGAAUUCCUUCUGGAGAACGGAGUGGCCACCGAUGCCGCCGACUGCGACCUUUGGCAACCGAUCCAUGCCGCUGCAUGCUGGGGUCACCCGGAUGCUGUGGAGGUCCUCGUUCAGGCCGGUGCCGAUCUCAACGCGAAAACGAAAAACGGUGAAACCCCUUACGAUAUAUGUGAGGAUCCCGAGCUGAAAGAGAGAAUCAAAGAACUCCGUAAUGAGAUGGAGAUCAGACGGCUGUCACAAUUGUCACAAAGACUUCGGAGAAGCCACAGUCAAAACACUCGGAGUCAGAGUGUGCGGCGGACUAGCAUCCGCGAGAAGAACAAGAUCUCGAGACGGGAGGCGAUCGAAGAGGCUCGAAUACGCCAGGAACAGAACCGGAACAGUGCCAACAGCCGUCCCAACGACGAGGACUCGCCGAGCGGCUCCCCGAACAGUAACAAACUCCUCCCGAACGGGGUGGAUGCCACACGAUCCGCCGGGGACCAAGUCGAUUUUGCAGCAAACAACAAUCAGAUCAAGGAGUCCCUGGAAAUGCCCUUAGGUAUGAACCCGCCAAGAUACGAAGAGGUGGUGCAGGGUAAGCCCAAUCACACCUACGAGACGAUCGCGACUACCACGACAACGACGGCACCAAAGAGUCCCGAAGCCGUUAAGGUGGAGAUCCAUGUGACAGUAAACACCUCGUCUGGAAGUUCCGCGAGCCCAGCCAAGGGUCCCCUUCCCAGUCCCCCCGUAUCCUCCUCCACCCUCGUACCCGCUCCUGGUCCCGGAUCCUCUUCCACCCUGCAGAAGACGCUUUCUGAUCUGAAAAAGCAUCGCACGGAUCUGCGCGCUAGCGUCAACCGCAGCAGCUACUGCACUGCGCUCGAAAACGGGGCCUAUCCAUCUGUGCCUGCCGCCACAGCAGGACCCACCCCAACGGGAAUUCUUCAUGACUCUGACGUGAAACGUUUUCGCGGCGCGGAAGUAGUCGGCGGUGAAAGCGGGGCACGCUUUUGCUGCUCCUUGAUGUGAAUGUAUAUACUCGAGAACAGAGACAACAAAUCAACGUCCACGAACCAACUGCUGCGGAAAGCCCCAAUGAGUAGACGUUUGAUACGGGUGGAGAGCGGAUCUUGCUCCUCCCUGCUGUAUAUGACGUACCGGUGGAUCGACUGGCGAGGUCGGAACGUUCUCCCGACCAGCAUUGUUGACGACGAUUCCGGUUCAAGAGGCACGCGAGGCUCACAGCGGCUGCUCCGGUCGCGUGUGGCAUCCUCGAAGCGUUUGUGAGUUGUGAGCAAAGGAACGCGCACGAACAACUGCCGCUCCGCAUUCUGUUGAGCUCGUUUUACCGCGAGUCGUUGGUAGCUACACUGGACCCGAAUUUCGCUAAGGACGCUGACGCGUUCCGAGUCAGGCACCGAUUUCGGUGUGUCCUAGCGAGUCGCAGAGAAUUCGAAGGACGCAUCAGUUUUCUCCCUCAACUUCAACUUGUGCCCCAAUGUUGCGGAAGGAGUCGGGAGGCGAUAAUAAUUCCUCUUUUAGAUCCAGAUCGCUCUCCUCGGACACCUUUGGAAUCUAGCGAUGGCACCCUGAGAAAAAGAUCAUUCAAUGGAAGGGGGGAUUAUAGGUAAUCCGAUAGAGUGAUGAACGAAAGAUGACCGUUCGGUAGGCUGGGACGCCAACGGUGUGAUUUGAGUU